CACGUGUCUGCGCUGUGGCUCUCCCCUGUGCAAACAUGGCGGACCAGGAGCUGACGGAGCAGGGAACUAAAGUGGAGAUCCUUCAAAACGGAGACGCACAUGAGCCCAAGGACAGAAUCGAUCACGCCGACGACGCGUCAAAGAAGAAAAAGAAGAAGAAGAAGAAGAGCAAAGCGGCGGUCGUAGGAAAUGCAAAUGGAGAAGGAGAUGCUGACAUCAAUAAAGUGAUAAAAUUGUUGGAUCAGCAGACCUUGGAUGAACAAGAGAAGGAAGAGGAUGGCGAGGAUGAUGGUGAUGAUAACGGAAAGAAGAAGAAAAAGAAGAAGAAGAAGAAGGGUGGCAAGGUUCAAACUGAUCCUCCAUCUAUUCCCAUCUGUGAACUUUAUCCAAGUGGCAUUUUCCCCAAGGGACAAGAAUGUGAAUACCCGCUUGUACAAGAUGGGCGUGAGGCUGCAUGGAGAAUGAACAGUGAAGAGAAGCGUGUGUUGAAUCAGGCCAGUGAGGAAAUAUGGAACGAUUUCAGACAGGCCGCAGAGGCACAUCGGCAAGUCAGGGGAUAUGUCAUGAGCUGGAUUAAACCGGGCAUGACCAUGAUUGACAUCUGUCAAAAGCUAGAGGACUGCUCGAGGAAGUUAAUAAAAGAGAAUGGGCUCAAUGCUGGCCUUGCUUUUCCUACCGGCUGCUCCCUCAACCACUGUGCCGCUCACUACACACCCAACGCUGGCGACCCCACAGUGCUCCAAUAUGAUGAUGUCUGCAAGAUUGACUUUGGCACGCACAUUAAUGGUAGAAUUAUUGACUGUGCCUUUACCGUAACUUUCAACCCAAAGUAUGAUAAACUGCUGGAAGCUGUUAAAGAUGCCACAAAUACUGGAAUUAAGUGUGCAGGAAUUGAUGUCCGUCUUUGCGACAUUGGAGAAGCCAUUCAGGAAGUCAUGGAGUCUUAUGAAGUGGAGUUAGAUGGGAAAACAUAUCAAGUAAAGCCAAUUAGAAAUCUCAACGGCCACUCGAUUGGACAGUACAGAAUACAUGCAGGAAAGACUGUGCCUAUUGUCAAGGGUGGAGAAGCGACCAAAAUGGAGGAAGGGGAGGUAUAUGCUAUCGAGACUUUUGGAAGCACAGGAAAAGGCAUGGUGCAUGAUGACAUGGAGUGUUCACAUUACAUGAAAAACUUUGAAGUCGGACAUGUGCCAAUCAGGCUUCCAAGGGCCAAGCAUUUGCUGAAUGUUAUCAAUGAGAACUUUGGCACAUUGGCAUUCUGUCGUCGCUGGCUUGACCGUCUUGGCGAAACGAAAUACCUGAUGGCACUGAAGAACCUGUGUGAUCUUGGCAUCAUUGACCCAUACCCACCUCUGUGCGACACUAAAGGUUGUUAUACGGCUCAGUUUGAACACACCAUCUUGCUGAAGCCAACCUGCAAGGAGGUGGUCAGCAGAGGCGAUGAUUACUAAAGCUAGUACUCACCAAUUUCUCAAAAUUUCACUGGCGCCCAUGAUCAUGUGGUGCCAGAGGUUACAUCUUUAAACAAUGUAUGGAAAUUGUGCUCUUUGGUGCUGGGAUUAUGAAGGCCAUUUGUGUUUACCACGCAAACUGUGCAAAGCUCUCGUUCCACACACACUGAGCAGCCUCAAGAUUAGGAAGUGUCAAAUUUUGAAAAAUUGGUGGACUUCUCUUAAUAUAUAACACGCGUAUGUUAGCCCAGGGAAAACUAAGGUUGACUCUAUUAUUAAACCAUAAUGCAAAAAAAAGUAUUUAGAAGGGAUGUGGAGAACAUGUUCACUGAUAUAUAUAUAUAUAUAUGUAUAAUGUUCCUUCAGCAGCUUUUAUUUGUAGCCAUAUUUGAUUUCGUUCUUUAUCCGAACCACGCACAAACUAAUAAGACCCUGUAGAAAUUGGAUUGCUGAAGUUGUUUUAUCAUAAAAAAAACAAUGAACAUACAGCUUAUACAUGCAUUAUACAUGCUUUUUGCAUUUAGAAAAACAAAUAAUACUCCUUGCUUCACUUGGACUAGAACAAAAGAUGAUGGGUGUGUAUAAUAGCCUUGAAUGUUUUGGCUAAGUUUUUUCCAGACUGAAAACAGUCACAUUUCUCUGGGUAAAGCACAAUGCUGUGUUUUAUUUUGAAUUAUAAAUAAAAUUUGUAAGAAAUUACAGUCACUUUCUCAGCUUUUCUAAGCAAACUAAAAUUGAAAUGUUGAAAUAGUGAUUUUUAACUCAAGCCAUGCAAUAUAAUAAAAGGAAUGUCAUCACAUGAA